AUGUCUAAUUCCACUCCUUCUAAGGCACCUUACACCAAUCUAGAUGGAAAUAAAUUAGGUCUUGUUCAUCGACCUUGGAGUAUCAACCAAGCCAAUAGUCGAUUGGAAACCAACACUCUACAAGCUGCCUUGGCAAAUGACCUGAGCUAUCAACAGUUUGCUGAAAAAGAUCGCUCUAUCCCUCUUAAUGACCUUUCUUCCACCCAAAACCGACAAUCGAACAACCCUUACAAUCAACCUGACCUUCAUGCUGUACCAGCUACUCUGCACCAUGGCUUGAAACACAAGACAUAUGGCUACACUGAUCCAUUCGCAGCCGCUCCAAUGGAAGCAUGGCAAGAGAUGAAGGAUUACAAUCUCAAAGUGAAUGGAUUACCGACUCUUGACCAGAUGAUGCAUCUCAACACACUCAGUCCAUUGACUCUUUCACACUUUGCAACCUUCUUGAGACGGCGAGAUGUUCACCAAAACCUUAAUUUUCUAAUGGAACUCGAAACACACGAUAAGCUCUGGCGGGCUCAUCUAAGCAGUGUAGAACGAAAACAAGGAAUUCGGCACUCAAGAUUCUUACUCCAUGCUCAAAAGACAUCAUUUGGAUUCAAUGAAUCAUCUGUCUUGGAGGAAAAUGAGCAAGAGAUUGAAAUGGGAGCCGCAAAAGUGCAGAAUCAGGAUUCAUCCUUAAGUCGUCAUGACUUGGUACAGAAUUCAACACGAAUCUAUCGAACAUUCUGCUCUGCAAUGGAUGCAGCUCAGCCGAUUCAUCUACCAGAUGAUCACCGUUUGGCUCUGGAAGAAUUGAUUGAAAAACAUCAUCGGCCAGAGCCUGUAGUUUUUGAAUCAGCACGAUCACAUGUGUAUGAGAUUCUCAAUGUAUUUUAUUAUCCCCAGUUUGUUGACAGGGUGUUGUACACAAAUAUAGCCAUCGUUAGUGCGCGCCUACUCAUGCUCACAGGAGUAAUAUUUCUAACAAUGGCUUAUGCAUUGGAGUUUGCACUUAUUUUUCUGGACAAAGGCACACAAACCACACGAUGGUGGGGGAUCUUGCCCUUCUUGGUGGGUUGGACAGGUCUUAUUGCAAGUGUUACAGAAUUUGCCUGGUGGUUGGCGUUCACUGGAAAAUGUGAAAUUCGAUUCAUGGUCUACAGCGAGGUCCUGGAUAAUUCAAUUCAACAAAUGCACACCAAACGUGGCUGUUUUUGGUUGGUUCUAUCUGUAGCCGUGGCGUUUUUAAAUACGCUGAUAUUUGCUUUUAUUCCGGCUCAUCGUUUGACGGCUUAGAUGUAUAAUUUCUUAAUAACAAUAGUAAUAGUAAUAGUAAAACUAAUAUUAGUAGUAAUAAGCAAGU